CUAUCGCUAAUUAAUGGCAACUUUCCGCUAGACUCUCUCUCAAUUUGGCCUAUAAGGAUCCCAAACUCAAGCCUUGCUUCAACGAUUGCAUCAACCCAUCUCUAUAUUAUCCACAAAACACAACUAAAAUCAUGGAACUCUUCUCCCUUCUCCUCUCACUCAUACUCUUCAUUUCUUUUAUCCUCUUCUUCUUCUCCAUUGCGUUCAAAACCAAACCCACUAAUGAAAAACUCAAACUCCCACCAGGAAGCACAGGCUGGCCAAUCAUCGGCGAAACUUUCGAGUACAUUUCAAUGGCCAGGAAGAAUUGCAUCGAAAAGUUCAUAUCAGAGAGGCAAAAAAAAUAUCAAUCCAAGAUUUUCAAGACCUCAUAUGUUGGCCAAACCAUGGUCUUCAUGUGCACACCUGAGGGAAACAAAUUCCUCUUCUCCAACGACAACAAGCUUGUCAAACCCUGGUACCCGAAAACCUUCGACAAAAUUUUCGGUCAGUCUGAUAACAAACUGAGCGAAUCACCGGAGGAGAUCACGAGCAUCCGGAAAACGGUUGCCACAUUCUUCAGCCAGCCUGAAGCACUAAGAAAAAACUUAGGAAUCAUCGAAGCUAUAGCAAAAGAGCACCUGCAAAAAUUCUGGGAUGGCAAACAAGAAGUUGUAGCUCAUCCUCUGUUAAAGAACUUCACCUUCACAUUAUCCUGUAGAUUAAUGUUAAACGUUCAGGAUUCGGGAACCAUCGAAGAGCUCGAGAAGCUGUUCAGCUGCAUAAUGUCUGGGAUGAUUUCUUUGCCUGUAAACUUCCCAGGGACGAAAUUUAACCAGGCGGUGAGGGCGUCGAAGGAGAUCCGGAAGAAGUUCGAGGUAAUGAUAAGGAGGAGGAAGAUGGAGAUUAUGGAGAAUGUUAGUGGAUCUGAAGAUUCAUCAAAAGAUUUCUUGACAUUGCUUAUAGUUCAGAAAUUGAAGGAUAAUGAAGAGGUAAUUGAAUCAGAAGUUGCUGUAUUGAUAUUGGGGAAUAUAGUUGCUGCAUAUGACAAUUCAAGCACCACUUUAGCUUCUAUUCUCAAGUAUCUUGCAGAACUACCUGAAUUUUAUGAAGAAGUCUACAGAGAGCAAAUGGAGGUAGCAAAUUCAAAAGGAACAGAAGAGUCAUUGAGUUUGGAGGACGUAAAAAAGAUGAUCUACUCAUGGAAUGUUGCAAGUGAAGCCUUAAGAUUGCAGCCAACAAUUGCAUCACCUUUCAGAGAGGCCAUUACUGACUUCAACUUUGAUGGAUAUCUAAUUCCAAAGGGAUGGAAGUUGCAUCGAGCGGUACAUGCCACGCAUAAAAACUCAGAAUAUUUCCCAGAGCCAGAUAAGUUUGACCCAUCAAGAUUUGAAGGGAAUAAAAUAAUUCCUUAUUCAUAUGUUCCAUUUGGAGGAGGUACUCAUGUUUGUCCUGGAAGAGAGUACGCUAGAUUGCAAAUACUUGUCUUCAUGCAUCAUUUGGUCAAAAGAUUUAGGUGGGAGAAGGUGUUUCCUGAUGAGCAAAUGAUAAGGGACCCAAUUUUAGUGCCGGCCAAAAGACUCCCGAUUCGACUUUAUCCUCGUCAAUCUUGAGUAAUUAGAUUAAGUUUUUCUCAGAUUUUUGUAUGUCUUAUUUUA